AACUAACAGUUAACCUCAAUUUUAGUAUCUUAACACAAUAUGCAGGCACAUAUGCAACGAAAGGAGGUGACGAAUAACGUCUCUUCUCCUACACUAACUAUUGAAUAGUGUAGUUUUUAUCUCGAUUAUCUGUCACAUAUAGGCUAUAACUUAUUGGAUACCGAUAUAGCUUAACAUUUCACGUUUGUAGCUAUUUAAUGUUACAGUGGUUACACCGAACGUUAACGUUUACUAACUAUAGCAGCAUAGUUUAGUGAUUAAACGUUAACGCCAGCAACCAUAAUUUUCGGCCAACUGGAAAUCGGCGAGAUAUUGAUUUUUUUUUAAAUUUCAUUUAUUUAUUUAUUUAUUUUUAUUUUUGCUUUGGAUGUGGCGCCACUAAUAUUUUGGCCCCAAUGCUGAUCAUUUGAUCAUGAGGUGGGCGGAAGUUUCGUAAGCCUAUUCGUAAGCCUAUGGAAGUUUCGGUCGUCCAAUCACGCUGCGGACGACACAAGGACGAGGCAGAUCUUCUUGUAACGUUAUCGGGGAACGACGGGAGAGCUGCAAGAUGGCAAGUCCAGCGGUUGUGACACCAGAACCCUUCCUAGAUAAAACCAGCCGCUUUCAACUGGUGACCUGGCUCAACAACCUGCUGAAGACAGACUUCAAAGAUGUGCGGCAGAUUGGUUCAGGUGCGUGUCAGUGUCAGCUCAUGGACUGGGUUAUCCCUGGCUCUGUUGACAUGUCCAAGGUGAAAUUUGAUGCACAAGGUGAAGAUGACUGUAAGCACAACUUCAGUCUCCUACAUGAGGCCUUCAGCAAGAACGGCAUCACAAAGACGAUUCCAGUUGAGGAGCUCAUAAAUGGGGAUUUUAAAAGCAACUUUGAGAUCCUGAAGUGGUUCAAAGCUUUCUACGUGGCAAAUGUGAAAACUGAGGAAUACGACCCUGUGAAGGCUCGGGACAGCCAUGAUAUCAGCCCUAUUCUGGCAUCUCCCCAAUCAUGGAAGCCUAAAUUGGAAUCAGACACUGAAGAGAACGGCACUGUGACAACGACAAAAUACAUUUACACUGAAGAGUGGAAGAAUACUUUUGACUGGGCUGAAAGAAGUACUCUUGGAGAGAGCUAUACCUACUGCCGCAUUUGUGACAGAAACCUGAGCACUCUUCAUAAAGGCUUUAUUGACCUCAAGCGACAUGUGGAAACAAAAAUACACAUGAAAAGGGCUAAAAUCGCCAAGAGUGUUCGCCUGCAAAGCCAACGCUCUGAGCCGCUUCCCUGUAGCAACGCAGCUAUCCGUUUUAUUCACAAACACUUUAAGCAUGGCUCCAGUGAUGGCAGGCAGGUGUCUAGUUAUUUUGCACGCUGUAAACUGGGGUUGCAGUACCCCAAAGAUAUUACAUCUGUUUGCCAACAUACUCCUUACUGCGUAUACAUUUAUGAAGGGGUAACACUGGGCAAGGAUGAGACUGCCUCUGUGGUGCUUGCUGGGUUUUUUGAUGUCGAAGCCUCCAAGCACCGCAUCCGAUUUCUGGAUGCUCUUCAGUCUCCAGCAGAUAAUGGAGGAGAUCAAACGGCGGCGGCAGUGGUGGAAACCUUGAAGAAAUUUGAGUUACCAACGGAUAAUCUUGUCACUGUUUAUUCUGACAGUAAAAGUGCAGCCUCACAGCAGAUCUGCUCGCAGCUCAGGGAGCUCAACCCGAACAUAGUAGCCUUAGGGGGGCUGUACAACAUUGGUGAUGCUGCUUGCCAUGCUGGGGUUAAAAGACUCUCCAACCAGGCUCAAGAGUUGAUGGUAGACAUCCAUGCCCACUACUCCUCCUGCUCUACCAAGAAUGACAACCUCAAGGCUCUUUUUGACUCAGAUAUCACCGGAGAAAAUGCAUCAUUUCCUCUCAACACCAGCUGCCUUAAUUUUUGCCAGUUAGUCACAAAAAUCUUAGAAAUAUGGACAGAUCUUAUAUUGUACUUUAGCUCUUGCGACAAGGAAGAUGACAAAGCCAAGUUAAUCUGCUCCCAGCUGCAGGAUCCCAAAGUCAGGGCAACAUUUAUGUUCCUGGAGCAGGCCCUAAAGCCUCUGCACAAUUUCCAAAGGCACAUGCAGACACACGAGGGAGCUGCCCGAGCUGAUUUGCCGCUCAUCCUAGAAGAAGCCAGUAGCCUGCUGUGGACCUACACCUCCUCCUUCCUUCAUCCUGAAGCUGCUGUUCGCUUCCUCAAAGAACGUGAUGCCCAAAUCCUUAAUAACAAGAAAUUCCACCUGUCAAGCUCUGAACUCAGUCUGGGUGGGAAAGCUGCAGAAGACUUCCUGAAUGAGUCUAAAGCUGCAGAAGUGCUGCCACAUUUACAAGAGGAGGUGUUGCCGUUCUACAUUGCGCUCGCAGGUAGCAUUGCAGAAGAGCUGCCUCUAAGUGAGGAGGUGCUAAGAGGCUUGGCUCAGCUGCUAAACCCCCAGAGCAGGCUGAAAGUAACAGGGGAAGCAGUAGGAGAGCUUGGCAUUACAUUGGGAAUCUGCAGCUCCCCUGAGGAGGUCAAGCAGCUCACUAGUGAAUUCGUCGAGUAUCAGCUGGCUGAGGAGGGAGAAAAGGAAAAGUCAGCAGUAGUUUCACUGGAGAAACACUGGGCCAACGUACUGAAGGAAACCAAACCAACCUCAAUCCUCAGGAAGCUUGUUUUUACCCUGUUGUGCCUCCCCUGUCCUCCACUUGAUGCUCAGCUGGUGUUUUCUCAGGCCUUGGAGAAUGGUGAUGCCACAUUGUCUGACAGUGAAGCCUUAACAGAAAGCGAGAGUGACAUCACGUCUGAUAGCACUCUCUCCGACAGCAUCAGCAACAAGGAGUCCUCAAUUAAGACUGAAGGAUUCAAUGGCCUUGAUGUGACCUUGAAGCCAUGUAAAGUCCGCCUUACAAAAUUAAAUGAUCCAAAGAGUUAUCAUUAUGAAGAGAAUGGCUCCUUAUUGAAAGAGGGGACCAUUAGGGGAGGUUUUGGCUGGGAAAGCAGCUUGCGCCAGACGCCACAGGCCCGUACAGUGUUUCAGGCUGGCCGUAGCACCUGGUGCAAACCCAUAGCUCUUGAUAAGGGUCCGGAGUCCCGUGAUGAGGUGGAGGAAGAGACAUCACCAUCCAGUAAACCCACACCAAGAGGACGACGGAAACAUGCCUACCAGGACGGUAAAGGGUUUCUGACAGGAGAGCUGGUGUGGGGGAAAGUGAAGGGGUUUUCCUGGUGGCCUGGGAUGGUGAUGCCGUGGAAAACCAAGUCAGCUCCUCCGGGUAUGCGGAGGGUGGAGUGGUUCGGCGACGGGAUGUUCUCAGAGAUCUAUACGGAGGGUCUGCUGCCAUUUAGUACCUUUACAAAGUGCUUCUGCAGAAACUCCUUCGCCAGCCUGCCUCUCUAUAAGGAGGCCAUCUUCCAGAUCAUCGAGCUGGCAGGCGAGCGUUGUGUGAAGUCUUUUGCUGCGGCUGAAGGAAACAAAGAAAAAGAGCUCAAGCUGAUGCUUGACUGGGCCUUUGAAGGAUUUCUGCCUACAGGACCGGAGGGAUUCAUACCUCUUGAUUCUGCUGCACAUGUUGACUCCUCCGACUCCGCCCCGUCCGAGUACCAGCCCCCAGCAAAAAGGAAAUAUGUUUUUAAAAAUAAGGCCAACGCUUCCAUCGUCACCUGCAGCAGAGAAUCGAUAAUAGAAAAGCUCAAGGAGAAGGGAAAAAAAAUCGAAAAUUUUUGUUUGUCUUGUGGCACAUCUGAGAUUGAAGUGCAGCACCCGUUGUUUGAAGGUGGUCUUUGUCUAAAAUGCAAGGAGAACUUCACAGAGACCCUGUAUCGCUACGAUGAAGAUGGCUACCAGUCGUACUGCACGGUGUGCUGCGCAGGCUUAGAGGUCAUUCUGUGUGGCAAUGCCAGUUGCUGCAGAUGUUUCUGUAAGGACUGUCUGGACAUCCUGGUGGGUCCGGGAACCUUUGACAAGCUGAAAGACGUCGAUCCAUGGAGCUGCUACAUGUGCAAACCGUCACAGUGCAAAGGAAACCUCAAACUCAGACCAGACUGGAGCGUUAAGGUCCAAGACUUCUUUGUCAACAACAGUGCCAUGGAGUUUGAGCCUCACAGAGUUUAUCCCUCCAUCCCUGCCGAUAAGCGCAGACCAAUCAAGGUGCUCUCGCUCUUCGAUGGUAUUGCAACAGGAUACCUGGUGCUCAGAGAUUUGGGCUUCAAGAUUGAGCGCUACAUCGCUUCAGAAAUCUGUGAGGAUUCGAUCACUGUGGGGAUGGUCAAGCACGAUGGAAAGAUAGAAUACGUCAAUGACGUUCGCACCAUCACGAGGAAACAUCUGGCUGAAUGGGGUCCCUUUGAUCUUCUGAUUGGAGGCAGUCCGUGUAACGACCUGUCGAUGGUCAACCCUCUUCGGAAAGGAUUAUUUGAGGGCACUGGAAGGCUCUUUUUCGAGUACUACCGCAUAUUGACCUUGUUGAAGCCGAAGGAGGACGACGACCGUCCCUUUUUCUGGUUGUUUGAGAACGUGGUUUUCAUGAGCGCCAAUGAUAAAUCAGAUAUCUGUAGAUUCCUUGAGUGUAAUCCAAUUCUUAUUGAUGCAGUGAAAGUCAGUCCUGCUCACAGAGCGCGCUACUUCUGGGGAAACCUCCCUGGCAUGAACAGACCUCUCGCUACAUCUCUAGACGACAAAGUGGCUCUCCAGGAUUGUUUGGAAGUCGGACGCAAGGCGAAGUUUGAUAAAGUCCGCACCAUAACAACAAAGUCAAACUCCAUAAGGCAGGGGAAGAUGGGGCCGCUACCCGUCUGCAUGAACGGCAAAGAUGACUACCUGUGGUGCACCGAAAUGGAACAGAUCUUUGGCUUCCCCAAACACUACACAGAUGUGAACAACAUGGGCCGGAUGCAGAGGCAGAAAGUCUUGGGUCGCUCCUGGAGUGUCCCUGUUAUUCGUCACCUCUUCGCCCCACUGAAGGACUAUUUUGAAUGUGAAUAGUAACUGUGAGGAAGGUCUUUAUAUCAGAGCUGCAGCGGUAAAUCCACUGCUGUAUCCUGCCCUGCAUUACUAAGUAGUUUAAGCUCUCCUGUCUCUUUCUGAAAGACCUAAUUUAACAUUCACUAUUUUGACUUUGAGAAAUGUUUGCCUUCAAUCCUCUGAGAUGUCUGUCAUCCAUGAUCCACUAUCACCAGCGAGCAACUGACACUUUUCAGGUUUCCUUCAUCGUGGACGAGGUUUCCUUUGAUGAACGACGGUGCUGUGAUCAAACAGUAAGAACGCGGGCCUGUCUCUCGAAGCGAGAUUAGUGGGUCACCCAGCUAUCUUUGGGCUUUACUCGGGUUUUCCGGGAUCACAGAGCUGGCUCACUGUUAACACGGUUAGAUCACAAUAUGCUGCAGGAUUAACGUGCUUCAGUCAGACAGAAUCAAAACCUGUUAACAAGCCCACCGACUAACCAAUCAGAUCACUGGAGUUUACGACGACAUGACAAGAAAGAACAAUAGAGACAUUUUAAACGAUAAUUAUAUCAUGUUUGCACAACUAGAUGUUCGAUAUGGGUUUAAAACUGAAUUUUAGGUAAACAGAUGGAUUUUUAACCACACUGACGACCCAAUAAAUAGCUUCAUAUCAUUCAUUUAUAUUCAUAUCCAGGAUUACCAGUAUUCAGUUCCAGUGAAACCAGGUAAACCAGAGAGAGCCGUCAGACCUGGCUUCAAGACACAGGCCCUCUACCUCAGGUCUCUACCUCAACACUGGUUAAUUGGUUAAAAAAAAUCAGCAGUUACACUUUUUUUAUCCUGUAUUUAAUUUAUAAAUAUGAAAAAUGUUAACUUUGUUUUCUUAUAAUCUGUAUUUUAUAUUGUUUUAUAAUCUUUUUUUUUUUUUUUAGUGUGAUCUAAUUAUGUUCAUCGUUAGCUAUGUUGAAUUUUUAUCUUUUUUACCUCCUAUGUGAAAAGUUUUAGAUAAUUAAUCAACCAGCCUUUUUUUUUUUUUACUCUGUUUACUAAAACGUUUUUAUCCAAAUGAAAUAAUCUCACUAUGGUGCACCAGUGAUUUUGUCCAAAAUUACCUCACUGGGUUUGCAUUUGUGCUAUAACAUGUUAUCUAUUUCAAGGACUGUUAUUUAUACAUGCCCAAAAAAAUAUUUUGUGUCGGCUUAUUGAGGCCAAACUCAUAUGACUGUUAUCAAUAUUUCAACUGGAGUGUUUUAAAUAUGACUGUAGUUAAGUCGUCAGUUACUGUAAACUUUCAUUACAAUACCGCAGAGGUCAGACUUCAGCAUUAUUCACAGCGUCUUCCGAUGAAGGAGCUGUGUGCCUUAAAGGACCGUAACACUGGUUUUGCACUUUUGAUCCCUUUUUUAAUAAGAGAGCGUGAAAACAUUAUAAACAAGACGAGCCGACCGUAUUUCACAGCGUCCUUCGAGACACGUCACUUUGUUAAAAUACAAAAGUUAAAAGACCUUUAUCAUUAUGACCAUGGUCUUCCUCAGGGUCAAACAAUAAUAUGCACAGAGAAAUGAAUACUGUAAGAACACGUUUCAAUCACGUGGGAAUUUGUGCAGCCAUUUUAAUUAAAAAUAAUAGUUUUUUUUUUUAAUUAUUAAAGAAAUAAUGAAAA